AUGUUUGAAGUGUCGGACAGCUAUGUGCUUGAGGAGAACGGCAUACGAAUAGGAAUGUUCUCGGUUGGACCGCCGGAUAUCGAGAUCCGUGUGCCGCAAACACACCACAUGCUCCACGAAUUAAACGUGCAAAUCGUGCCGAAAUUAUGCUUAGCGGAGAAAUUCACCGUGAAUCUCCUCUAUCGACCGAUAGAUGUUCUUCCUGAUGAGAGGUGGAUCGUUAUUGCAACAUCUUUCGUUGUCUUCCACACGGAAUCGGUUCAAAUCACUUUUCCUUGUGAAAAUUUUACAAACGCUGGCCUAUACAGAGUUGAUCUAGUCAAUUCUCAAGGAUUUGAGAUCCAGGGUAAGCAAUGGAUUUUGGUGAACGAUACGUCGGGUGUAUCGCUUGAACUGCGUAACGAUAGCAUAUUUCCACAUUGUACAAAAGAUUUUUUGAUACGAUGGAAUACGGUGAAAUGUGACGCAGCUCGCCUCAGCUAUCGUUUACGUGUUCUGGCAAUUCCGGAAGGAAGCAACAAUCAGGAACAUCGGUCACAUUACAUAGAAGAGAUCGAUAUACCUCGUGGACAAUCAUCGUUGAGUAUAGGAUGUUCACAAUUCGAUAUAUUCUAUGUGAAAUAUUGUUUCGAAUUGGUUUCCGUGGAUCUGAGGUCAUCGGUUUUUCAUUUAUGGAAAUCAACGUGUGUAAACACAGAGCCGGCUCCUGUCAUAAAUGCGACCUGGGGAAGUUGGUCCGCUUGGUCGGAAUGUUCAGCCACUUGCGGUGAAUCUAUUCAGAAACGUUAUCGUUUUUGCGAAAAUCCCGAGCCGAAACGAGGAGUGGAUUGUGUCGGAGAAAUGACUGAGACUCGAACGUGCGUGGUACCGGAUUGUUUAACACUCAUCAAGUCUCAUGGAAUGUUAACGAAUUGUUCUUGUGGAUGUGCGCUGAACGGGACAUCUGGGUCGUUCUUCGCUACCGUAGCGGAUGCGGAGAAAUGUGGAGGGAAUCAAACAUGGUACAUGUCGGCACGUACAAAUUCUGUAGUCUCGGAUUUUAGUGUCGCAAUUGAUCCGAACGCCGCAGGGAAAUUGUUUUUCUUUCUGAGAGCUCCAUAUGAAGAACUUGUCUGGUUUUCUGGAUCGAAUCAGGAACAAGAAUUCACGUUACGCUUGGACAGACCAAUAUUUGUCGUUCUUUGGUAUAAGGGAAAUAAUUCCGCUAUAAAAGGCAGAAAAGGAUUCACUAUUUCAUUCUCAACAAGAGAAGUGACAAAUCAAUUUCCAACACGAAACGCUCCGUCAUGUCAACCUCUAUGUCCAGAAACUGUGAUCAUUGCUCUACUCUCACUUAUAUUCCUCUUUAUUAUUUGUUUUCCUCCUUUUCUAUGUGCCAGUCUGACACGACGAUUACGAACUCGAAACUGCCACGAUCGUCCGCUUCUUGAUAAGAUAUACGAUAGUGAAAUGAUUCGAUCAGGAAAUACGGAAUAUACACAGGCAAGCGGUGAAAAACCGGCAGCAUUCACUGCUCAAAGAAGUAUUGGCAUUCAACUCAGUGUACAGAGCACUCCAAGAUGUGCUCGUACAUGUGUACCAAGCGAUUCACCACAACCACAUCAUGGUACAUCAAUUUCAACGACAGAUGAACUAGAAUAUGAUUAUUACGAUGGGACAACGAUUCCUGGAUCACUGCUUGCACCAGUUGAUGAUCUUUUAAUGUGUGAAAUUGAAAUCGAUCAGAUCAUAGCUCAUUCAUCGUUGUAUUCAAAACCGGUCGAAACUCAUGAUAUGUACACACAGGUGUAG